AUUCUCUCAUCUCUCUCUCUCUCUCUCUCUCUCUCUCUCUCUCUCUCUCUCUCGUAUAUCGCCGGAGCAGAAGCAUUGUUGCAAAUGGCGGCUAACAAGUUUGCCACUAUCGUCCACCGGAAAACCAACAGGUUUUCUCUCCUUCUCCUCUACGCUUUCCUCGAAUGGACUCUCAUCUUCUUCGUCCUCCUCAAUUCUCUUUUAUCCUUCUUCAUCCUUCAAUUCUCCGAUUUCUUCGGUCUCAAACGCCCAUGUCUCCUUUGCUCCACCCUCUUCCACUCCUCCCCCAUUUCUCCUGCUUACCCACAUCUCUUCUGCCACGACCAUUCUCUCCAGCUUUCCAGAAUCCGCUUCUGUCCCAUUCAUCGGAAGUUCGCCGAUUCCGGGGAUUUCUGCGAGGACUGCUCGUCCUCUCCUGACUUCACCGAUGAAAUGAUUGAGAGUUGUUCUUGUUGCGGCGCUAGCGUCGAGAACAGAGCUUCUAAUCCCUGUCCCAUGAUCGAUCUCGAUUCGGGGAUUUUAGGUUUAACUGAUGAUGGAAUACCGAUCGGGCAAGAAUUCCCCAUUGGAGUUGAGCAAAUCCGAUCUGAUUCCGUUUGCGAAAAGGAUAACGUAGAAUCUGCGAUUCCGAAGGAGCGAAGCUUUGCGAGAGAGGAAGUAACAGAGAAGAAUCUUCCUUCCGAAAACAGUGAUAAUCAAACUGUUCCCCAAGCUUCCGGUGAAAAAGAAGAAGUUAACCAUGGUGGCGAUGAUAAUGACGCAGAGGAGGAAUUCUCGUGUUUCAUUUCCAGUUUCGACUGCAACGAGGAACCUACUUCAGAAAAGGAAGAAGAAAACCACGCAGAUUCGCAUAUGGAGGCCGAAAGGAGCUUUGUAGAACUGUCGAUGGAUAAACCAGACGAAGACGCGCAGAAACACAUCGAGUUCUACAUCGACGGCCAUGACUGUCAUUUGAUUCCGGUCGAAUUCUUCAGACCCGGCGAAGAAGUUGGAGAAAUUUCGGAAAGAAACGGCGAUGUUAUUCUGGAUUUUGGUGAUUUAGCGGCGGAGAAGGGGAGAUUCUCUGAGGAGAUUGUUGAAGGUUCUUCAGCUGAUGAUUUACUGGAAAUGGAGGAGGAAGAAGCUGAUGCAGAGGUUUCCAUAGGCACUGAAAUUCCUGAUCACUACCAAAUCGAUUAUGCUCCCUCCCACGAAUUCACUCCUGAGGAUGACGAUCAUGAGCAAGAGGAAGAAACGUUGGAGUUCAGGACAGUGAAGCUCGAAGCCAAAAGGCCUCUCAUGAUGGGAUCGGGAAACCAAGACUCUCUGGACAGCGAGAUCGAGUCUCCCGACCCAUUCCUCACUAUCGAGAAGCUGCAGUCGGUGUUAAGGGAAGAGAGAAAGGCCCUCAAUGCCUUAUAUGCUGAGCUCGAGGAAGAGAGAAACGCUUCUGCAGUCGCUGCGAAUGAAACGAUGGCCAUGAUAAAUAGGUUGCAGGAAGAAAAGGCGGCAAUGCAGAUGGAGGCAUUGCAAUACCAGAGGAUGAUGGAGGAACAAUCGGAGUACGAUCAAGAUGCGCUUUUGCUCAUGAACGAGCUUCUGGUUAAACGAGAGAAGGAGAAAGCAGAGCUUGAGAAGGAGAUUGAGUUGUACAGAAAGAGAGUGGAGGAGUAUGAAUCAAAGGAGAAGAUGGGGAUGUCGAGGAGGAGAGCUUCAUCUGACGAUUCAUUUAAAAAUGGCGAUUUAGAUGAGGACAGAGGAUUACAACUUGGGAAAGACAGAAACUUUGACGAUUCAGAUGACACAUAUGGAGGGAUUGAGAUGAAGAGCACCCCAGCUGACGCCGUGCUUUGUCUUGAGGAAUGUUUUGCUGAUCUAGAUAGAGAGAGGCUUUCGAUUCUCGGGCAACUGAAAGUUCUAGAAGAGAAACUCUCUACUCUGAACGAGGAAGAGGAUGAACCCGAAGAGAUUUUCGAGGAUGUUAAGACAUUUUACAAAGGCUAUGUCCGAGAAAUCGGGCACUUCCACACCAAGGAAAUAAAUGAGAAGCAUAAUAUCAUCAAGUCAAAGAAGUUACUCCCGCUGUUUGACGCGGCAGAUGCAGAGAUGGAAAACGGGUUAUCGUCGACAGGGAAUCCCCAUGAAAACGGGGUUGAUGGGUCAGAGAAUGGCGGGAUUUCCAUUGAAGAGGAAAUCGACGAGCUGUAUGACAGAUUAGAAGCUCUAGAGGCAGACAGAGAGUUCAUGAGGCAUUGUGUCGGGUCGCUGAGAAAAGGGGACAAAGGGGUUUAUCUCCUCCAACAAAUUCUGCAGAAUCUCCGUGAUCUGAGGAACGUGGAGCUUCAAGUUCAAAACUAUGGAGACAUGGCUCUAUGUAUGAGCUCUAGCUAGCAAUAGCAUGAACAGGGGAAUAUGACAGCUGAUCUUUGUUGCUUGAGAGACAAGAAACAAUCUCCAGCCGCAGAGUAUUCUCAGGAGGAAGUCGCUUUGAAGCUUAAUGAUCUUUGUCUCCUUUCCCUUCUGAUUUUUUUUUUCCCAGAGCUAAAAGUUUUUAUUUUUAUGUAUUGAAAAAAAAAAGGAUGGAGGGGGGGUUGGUGUGAGAAUCAUUUCACCUUUGUUUCUUUUUUGGGGUGAAAUGAUGAGAGAGAGAAAAGUGGGAGUGACAAAAGCAUCGUUUAUAUAUAUAUAUAUAUAUAUAUGGUUGGGAUCGUCAUAGAUUUUGUACCAAAAAAAAAAAAUUAGAGACUUGGAAAGCGGAAGGAAGGUUUGGGUGUCUUCGGCUUUGUAGAAUAUUGUCCUGUAAAUAUCAAACUUCCUACAAUUUUUUA